AGACUUUGCUUUAAGACAGGGAAGCCUAARCCAACAGGACGACCAACUAGGCCUUCAAUUAGGCCACCUGUUGGAAGACCAUGCGUGGCCAGAAUAGAUCUUGGUUUCCUUAUUGAAAGCUCACAAGGCAUCACUCGACGAAACUUUAACAAAGUCAAGAMGUUCCUUGAGGCAUUGGCUAGUUCUUUCGUUAUAAAUCCAAAGGCGGUCAGAAUUGGUGCAAUUGUGUACUCUAAAGGUGUUAAAAUACUAUUUACCUUUAAGARUUAUCUUAAAAUUAAAAGUUAUAAAAGCAUCCGUGGGGUCACUAGAGCAAUUAGAAAAAUGCCAUACCUUGGUGGCAAAGGAGCUAAUAUCAAUUUUGGACUUGGCAUCCUUUAUCGGUAUCUAUUUGCCUCAUUUCACAAGAAAUCMGUCAAGAGAGUCGCCAUUGUGGUAACAGCUAACAAGUCCAGUAAAAGUAUUGGCAAUUAUGUAUACGCCCUUAAGAGAAAAGCAAGAGUCGAGGUUAUAGUCGUACAAAUUGGAAAAAAUUUCAAAAGAACACAGCUUCUUAAAAUGGCUUCAUCCAAACGUCAUAUAUUCUACGUGCCUACUUUCAAGAAUUUGGGCCGACUGGUSAAACUGGUCAAGAGGAAGGCAUGCAGAGGAGCUCCUAAACCAAGCAAACCUAUUAAAACUCCACCAACCAAACGACCAGUGAAACCAACAAGACCUCGAGUACCAAGGCCUAAGGCGGUCUACCCUAUGAAUGGUAUCACACGAGGCAAGGACAUAACGCCGAACAGAAACAGACCGGGUAUAUUUAGAGAUACCAAGUUUGAUACAGGUCCUGAUAGACUUCCAGCCGGUUCUAUGAGGUUCAAAGGGAAACGAAACAGCUAUAUGUUAAUUCCCAAUAGACGCCGUCUUGAUUUYAAAAACUCGAUGACUGUAUURAUGUGGGUAAAGCCAUACAGCGCMGGUCCGCUUCUCCACUACAGCCCCAGAAAAUGGGCUGUUCAUAUUUGGAUGAUUAGCAGCAAAUUAGUAUUUGUUCGAUUUGUACCUCGAUCAGGACGUGUCGUUAAGUUUGUAAUUAGUAAUAAGAUAAAGCGUGGAAGAUGGAACUACCUCGGGGCUAGUUACAAUAGGAAGACGGGAAGAGCAACCAUAUGGAUUAAUGGAAACCCAGUAGCCCAGAGAUUUGUUGGCCGUUACAGACUUGCCACUAACUAUCCWAUUGUCAUUGGACGUAAGCUAAAAGAUCGACGUUUCUUUACUGGUAGCAUAUCCUGUCUACAAUUUUACGACACUGCACUUACAGGUCAACAAAUUAAGGCAGUAAAAAAAAGAUGCUUCCGCAAAAGGCCAAUAACCCGACCAACACGACCGCAACCAGUUCCUGGAAGUCUUAUUGGUUACUACCCUCUCGACUCCAGAAAUCGUGGAAAAGACCUCAGUCCCAACAAAGCGCCAAAGGCUAUAUUCUCAAACACCAAGCCAGCCCCAGGCCCCGACGGUACUAGAAAUGGUGCAACUCUCCUUCUUGGAGAACCAAAAAGCUACAUUACGAUUCGCAAUAAGGGUAAACUUGAUGCCAAGAAUGCUAUUACAAUGUGUGCUUAUAUCAUGCACWAUGGAAAAUCUGGACCUAUUAUCAACUAUGGUAAAGGAAAACAGUGGAAGGUUCAUUUUUGGAUGGCUAAACCCAGGGUUCUCUUCGCAAGAUUUAUUAGUCGAAAAGGAAAACGAACCCCAGCAAUCUACACUCGAAGUAUUGUACCACUAAAGGCAUGGUCAUUCGUGUGUGCGAGYUAUGAUAGACURUCAGGUAAAGCAAAGCUUUGGUUGAACGGCAAUCGCAAGGUUAAACGAAAAAUUGGCCGAUUCAGGCUGGCAACUCAAGAUCCAAUUAGAAUUGGUGCGAAGGUUGGGGACAAAAGAACAUUCCGUGGAAAGAUCGCUUGCGUGCAGAUUUACAACCAAGACUUGACCAAGGGACAAAUAAGAGCUGCUAUGAAAAGAUGCACUAAAAGAGUUCCUAUACCAACGACAACUAAACCARUAAAACCAAGCAAGUCUCCAACAACGCCACCACGAGGAAAGCCGACGCCAGUCAUCGUAUAUCCAUUUGAUAGUACGUCUUAUAACAGAGAAAUUCUUAACAGAAAUUCUCCAGCCAUCUUUGGUACACUUCGAACAAACAUCGGACCCGAUAGGCGCAAAUACGGCUCCUUUGAACUGGAAGGAAGGCCAGACAGUUCUAUCAAGAUCAUAAAYCAAGGUCGUCUUGAUCUMAAAAAAUCCAUGACAAUCAGUAUCUGGAUAUAUCCAAAGGGACCUGGUCCUAUUUUCCACUAUGACCCCAACGGAUACGGUGUUAAUAUCUGGUUUUUCUCCCCUAACAUCUUGAGGGUGCAGUAUGUUACUCGUUCCCCUCGACGAACCCUGCCUUAUCUCGCUGGUAAGAUUAAAAGAUGGAGAUGGACCUAUAUCAGUACAACGUACGACAGAAAUACUGGUGAGGCUGCACUCUACAUAAACCGUGAGCGCGUGGCAAGAAAGAAGAUUCCCAAAACAGACAUGGCCACUAAUUAUGAUGUUUUGAUCGGCUCCAUACCGGGUAGUAAGAAUCGGUACCGAGGAGGCAUUUCGUGUUUACAGUUGUAUGACAAGGCUCUUACUCACGCAGAAGUUUACGCCAUCAGGGGGCGAUGCUUUGGUACAAAACCACACCCACCCAUCCAAGAACCGUCCAAGCCUUGCCCAGUUGARCCAAAGCGCACUGUAGGUGUUUUCCCAUUAAACAAAAGAUACAAGGGACGAGACGUCUCAAGGAAUAACAUCCGAGCAAGAAUCAGCAACGUCGCCUUUGCCCCAGGCCCAUACGGUCUACCAGGUGCUUCUACGUUCUUUAAAGGUAGAAAGGACAGCUUUAUUACCCUACCCAACCGUGGUCCACUCGACACCAAAAACUCCAUCACCAUACUUGCUUGGAUUAAUACUAUGAGAAAGUCUGGUCCAAUAGUGAAUUUCCACCCUAACGGUUGGGGGCUGCAUUGGUGGGCUCUCAACGGCAAUCGCCUCUUUGUGAGGUUUGUUAUUCGUAAGGGACGUCGAUCGACGCCACCUUUGGUCUACAACAAGCUAAAACCUGGCAAGUGGUUCUACGUAGGAAUAUCAUUCGAUAAGAAAACUGGCAAGGCAGCAUUGUAUGUCAACUCACGGAAAGUAGUAACCAAGUACAUUGGUAGGAUUCAAUUGGCCACUAACUACUCUGUCAGAGUUGGAGCUCGUAUCGGCGAUAGGCGAUAUUUCAAGGGGAGAAUUGCCUGCUUACAGUUUUUUAAUUACAAGCUAAGCAUUGCAAUGAUAAAGAAGAGAAAGMAUUUCUGCUUUAAACGUGGUGUGAGACCUCCGAUCAGGCCUCCUCCAAGACCCCUACCUCCACGACUACCCAAGGCAGCUGCUCUGUUCCCUUUGAACCGUGGAACUCGAGGAAAAGACACUACAAACCAAAACUCAAAAGCGCGAACACGACAUGUAAGAUAUGCACCAGGUCCAUAUGGACGACGGGGCGGAUCAACUCAAUUCCUUGGUCGAAGCAGCAGCUAUAUUCAAUUCCCCAACCGUGGUGGAUUUGAUACAAGRAAAUCAAUUACAAUUCUUUGUUGGAUUUUCCCACAAGGRCGAGCAGGUCCCAUCUUCAACUUCCAUCCCAAUGGAGAAGGUGUUCAACUUUGGGUAAAAGGAAGAUAUGGACGAAUCCUUUCGGCACGAUUCCCUAGAAGACGCAGAAGAAAGCGAACACCUUUUAUUCAAAGACGUAUUCUACAAGCGAACAAAUGGCAGUUUGUAGCAGCACGCUACAAUCAAGGAACUGGAUAUGGUUCUAUUUGGCUGAAUGGUAAGCGUGUUGCUUUCAGGAAAAUUGGUCGCAUUAGAAUCGCUACAAACUACCCAGCCCGCAUGGGAGCACGGUUAGGAAACAAGCUGUACUUCAAAGGCCGCGUUGCUUGUCUACAAAUUUACCGGCAACCACUGACACAACGGCAAAUCAUCUCUGCAAAACGGGUCUGCAGUGGAUUUGCASCACCUACUCCAAAACCAACCCGACCUGUCAAGCCCCCUAAAAAACUGCCAAUCAAACCAAUCUCUCCAAUCAAAGAAUCAUUGGAACCAUUAGCUGUCUUCCCYUUGAGCAGAARAACRCGCGGAAGAGAUCUUAGCGGUAGCCGCAAUCCUCCUGCAAAACUCCGCGGAGUCCGACCUGCCAGAGGUCCAGACGGUAAAAGRGGAACCUCAUAUCAGUUCUUUGGCCGACCAAAUAGCUACAUCGAAAUUCCCAAUAAUGGMGGCAUUGAUCCUGUGAAAUCCAUGACUGCUUUAAUAUGGGUAUACCAUACAGGYAGAGCUGGACCUAUWCUYAACUACAAUCCMGAUAAAUGGGGAGUCCAUAUUUGGAUGGUUGCCCCACGGACACUCUUUGUUCGAUUCCCAAGAAGAAGAGGUCGCAUUUUGACACGAGUUUUGCUAUCUCGCCGAAUACGWCCAUUUAAAUGGAACCAAAUUGCUGCCGUAUACAACGGACGCACAGGGUACGGUCAAGUUUACGUCAACGGACGACGCGUGGCACGAAAAAAAAUUGGACGAAUCCAACUGGCUACUAACUAUCCAAUCAGAUUGGGAGCACGAAGAGGUGAUCCACGGUCUUUCAAGGGUAGACUUGCUUGUCUGCAGCUUUUCAAUACACCUCUUAGUCGACGACGGAUCCUCGCCAAGAGAAACGUUUGUUUCGGUAAAGGACCAUUGCCAGCCAAAGUGUACCCAGGACCAGCUGGAAAAGUUUGUCAAGCAAAGAUCAACCUGGCCAUCCUCAUGGACAGUUCUGGUAGUAUCGAAUAUUAUGGCAAAGGAAAUUAUCAACGCAUGCGUAAAUUUGUCCAACGUCUAAUAGCAUCAUUUGCCGUSGGACGAGGCCGUGCACACAUUUCAGUUACGCUCUUUUCGAAUCGACCUAUGUUGUUAUUUGGCUUCCGUCGUUAUUACAGUAAAUACCAGAUGAUGAGGGCUGUUGAAAGAGCCCCAUACAUCAAAGGAGGCACCUAUACAAGUCGAGCUCUUAGAUAUGUAAGAGAACGAGUCUUCCGAUUCUCCGGAGGUCGAAAGCGWAGCAAUGUUCUGGUUGUKAUUACUGAUGGGCGUUCUAGCGAUCGCAUUUCUAAACAAGCUUUGAAAUUAAAGAAAGSCGGAGUCAACAUUUUAACUGUUGGAAUUGGGCGUAACUUUUCUAAGAAAGAUUUAUACAUAAUGGCAUCGAACAGGAGAAACGUGUUCACUACAGGUUUCAGGACAGUGCAAAAUAUUGCUGCUACUGUGAAACAACGGGCCUGCAUAAAAUCUAAGCCAUAUCGUCCACCAGUUCCAAAACCAAAGCCGUAUUUCCCAAGGCCCAAACCUCAUGGACGUGUUUGUCGUCGUCGGCUCGACUUGGYCCUCGUUAUUGACGGUUCAAGUAGCAUUGGGAAACUCAACUUUAGAAGAACAUUGAACUUCCUUCGGCAUCUUGUAACCUCAUUCAGCAUCUCAUCACGUUCCACAAGGGUUGCUAUAUUGGAAUAUAACUCACGCCCAUACAAUUUCCUUAAGUUUGGAAAAAAGAUUACAUUUAAACACGUGAUUAGUCGUCUAACACGACUUCCAUACAUUGGAGGCAAAACGAGAACUGGCAAAGCAUUGUGGGCWGUUAAUAAUCACUACUUCAAAGGAACUUCUACCACAACACGGGUUUGUUUAGUCAUAACUGAUGGAAGAUCACGUGACAAUGUGUAUAAACCCGCAAGAAAGCUUAGGGAAAGAGGUGUUCACGUACUUGCGUACGGAACAGGAAAAAAUUACCAAUUACGUCAACUUCGACAGAUAGCAUCCGGGAAAAGAGAUGUAUUCACAAGCCAUUUCAGGUCCAUGCUGAAUAUCGUUCGUGCUGUAAAACGCAGAAUUUGCUAUGGAAAACCUAGUGGACGAAGACCAGGUAAACCAAGGGUACCUUCCAAAUCAAUCCCAGGAAAACAGACAAGACCAGGCGUAAAACCAAGGCGUCAUUUUUAUUUCAAGAGUUUGGGAUGUUUCAAGGAGAAGCGAGCAGGGCGUGUCUUUACACAUCUCCUCAAAGUGGUUCGCGGUAAAAAUGCUAUUAAGUUGUGUGCGAAUCUGGCGUUGAAGAAACGUUUGUCAGUGUUUGCUGUGUAUAAUARGAUAUACUGUCGCUCUGGGCGCACUUCACGCAUUAAAUACCAAAGGUAUGGCAAAUCACACAGUUGUCGAAAAGGACGUGGAGGACGUUUGGCCAACAACGUCUACAUCAUACGCAAAGGACGAAAGCCAAUUAAAAAACGCAGAGGAGGGCGAAGACAAAAAAGAAAACAUGGUAGAAGGCGGCCAGGAAGAAGGCCAGGAAGACGGCCAGUGAGACGACCAGUGAGACGACCAGUGAGACGGCCAGUGAGACGGCCAGUGAGACGGCCAGUGAGACGGCCAGUGAGACGGCCAGGGAAACGACCAGGAA